AUGUCAUCUCUUGUAACCGCGGGGCUGUUUGCCUUGGCGGUCUCGACGGCAACCGCCUUCGUGGCUACCCCUGCUGGGGCCGGCGCUGUCAGGGCUCGGAACGGUUUUUCUACCACUCGCCGCGAUGCGACUAGCCCUGCAGCGAUUUCGAAAAGAGGGGUGGCCACCCGGCGAGUGAUGUCCAUGGGUGAUGACUACGACUACGACCUCAUCAUUGUGGGCUGUGGAGUGGGCGGGCACGGCGCUGCUCUGCACGCGCGCUCUUGCGGGCUGAAGACGGCCGUCUUUUCUGGCAAAGAUGUUGGUGGGACUUGCGUGAACCGUGGCUGCGUUCCGUCUAAGGCGUUGCUAGCUGCUGCGGGACGGGUGAGGGAGAUGCAGGACGACCACCACCUCGACGGAAUGGGCAUCAAGGUGUCCGGUGUGGAGUAUGACCGCGCCGGGGUGGCCGCUCACGCCAAGAACCUGGCCAGCAAGGUGAAGGGGGGCCUGGAGGGCUCCUUGAAGACGCUGGGUGUUGAGGUCAUCGAUGCAACGGGAGAGCUAGCCGGGGCCAACACCAUCAAGGCCGUGGAGACUGGCAAGACGUUCACCGCGAAGGACAUCAUCCUGGCCCCGGGCUCUCUCCCGUUCGUACCGCCUGGCGUACAGGCGGACGGGAAGACGGUUUUCACAUCGGAUGAGGCGCUGGACCUGGCCUUCGUGCCGGAGUACGCCGCCAUCGUGGGGUCCGGAUACAUUGGGCUCGAGUUCUCAGAUGUGUACACGGCACUUGGGGCAGAGGUCACGUUCAUCGAGGCGCUGCCUACGCUUAUGCCUACUUUCGACCGUGAGAUCGCGCGAUUGGCGGAGCGGCUGCUGAUCAAGAGCAGGCCGAUUGACUACCGCUUGGGGGUGUUCGCGUCCGAGGUUAUCCCGGGCGUGCCGGGCGAGAAGCCGGUGACCAUCAAGAUGAUCGACGCCGAUACCAAGGAGCAUGUUGAGACCAUCGAGGUGGACGCUUGCAUGGUGGCAACGGGGAGAGUGCCCAACACCAAGACCCUUGGGCUCGAGAACAUGGGCAUCGAGACCAACAGGGGCUUCGUUCAGGUGGGGGAGAAAACGAAAAUCGAAAACGCGGUGGACGGUAAGAUGCAAGUGCUCACCAAGGAGGGGGGCGACGUAGUGCCUAACCUCUACUGCAUCGGGGAUGCCAACGGCAAGCUUAUGCUCGCCCACGCCGCCUCGGCACACGGCGUCAGCGCCGUGGAGAACAUCAUGGGAAGGGAGAACGAAGUGGACCACUUGGCCAUCCCCGCCGCGUGCUUUACGCACCCAGAAAUCGCCAUGGUGGGCCUCACGGAGGAACAGGCCAAGGAAAAGGUACAGACAGUAACAGAGAGCGUUUUCAAGCGGUUUUGUGGUCACUGCUCUACGAAACGUUCGAGGAGAAUACGUGCAGUAAACAAGUCUUACGAGGCGGCCGAGGAGGGAUACGAGCUCGGAAAGGCUAGCGGCAGCUUUAAGGCCAACUCCAAGGCCCUUGCGGAGGGAGCAGGAGACGGCAUCGCCAAGGUGCUGUUCAACAAGGAGACCGAGGAGAUCGUGGGUGUUCACAUCAUCGGCCUGCACGCCGCAGACCUCAUCCAAGAGUGCUCCAACGCUGUUGCUGCCGGUACCACUGUUCGAGAGCUGUCCAUGAUGGUGAGAGACACAACACGGACAGACAGCUGUCUAGAGCCGGAGCGUGUGUCGGUGUUGGCGCAAUUCAAUUGA